UAUUCAGCUCUAGGCCUAACCGAUACAAAGAGCGUUUUUUUUACGCCACGCACAACAUGGCAGGUUGAACGCGAGCAACGUGUUUUCCUUUCGGUCUAUGAACGUGCCUUAGCCAUAGGCUGGCCUGUAUCACGUGACUCAGAAAGCGUUGCUCUCCCCCCGCCUUCCUCCUGAAAACAAAACUCGACGCCGCGCGCCGCCGCUGCGUGUUUCUUCCGCAGCCGGUGGAGGGGAAGAUGGCGGCGUCCAGGAGCGUGGAAGAGAUGCGGAGCCGGGUGGUCCUGGGCGAGUUUGGCGUCCGCAACGUCCACACAACAGACUUUCCUGGGAAUUACUCUGGAUAUGAUGAUGCCUGGGACAAGGAGAAGUUUGAAAAGAAUUUCAGAGUAGAUGUGACGCACAUGGACGAAAGCACUUUGGAAUUUGACAUGGUGGGGAUUGAUGCUGCCAUUGCUAAUGCCUUCCGACGCAUCUUGCUUGCUGAGGUGCCAACCAUGGCCGUAGAGAAGGUCUUUGUGUACAAUAACACCUCCAUUGUGCAGGAUGAAAUUCUAGCUCAUCGCUUGGGACUGAUCCCUAUCUGUGCAGAUCCUCGUCUCUUUGAAUACAAGAGUGAAGAAGAUGAAUGUGAUGAAAUUAACACUCUGCAAUUCCAGUUGAAAAUAAAGUGCCACAGGAAUCCUCAGGCAGCCAAGGAAUCGUCUGACCCUAACGAACUGUAUAUCAACCAUAAAGUUUACAGCAAGCACAUGGAAUGGGUGCCACUGGGCUCUCAGGCCGACAACAUGAAUGCCAAGUUCCGUCCUGUACAUGACGACAUCCUCAUUGCCCAGCUGCGUCCCGGCCAAGAGAUCGAUGUACUUAUGCACUGCGUCAAAGGCAUUGGUAAAGACCAUGCAAAGUUUUCUCCAGUGGCUACAGCCAGUUACCGGCUAUUGCCAGAAAUCACUCUACUACAGCCUAUCGAAGGAGAAGCAGCUGAGAGGCUGAAGAACUGCUUUUCUGCUGGGGUUAUUGAGGUCCAGGAAAUCAAAGGGCAAAAAGUGGCAAGAGUGGCUAACGCUCGCUUGGACACAUUCAGUAGAGAAAUUUUUCGUCACAAUGACCUGAAAAACCUUGUGCGCUUGGCUCGGGUGCGAGAUCACUACAUCUUUUCUGUUGAGUCAACAGGUGUCUUGCCUCCAGAUGUGCUGAUGAGUGAAGCAAUCAAGGUAUUGAUAGGAAAGUGUCAGCAGUUCCUGGAGGAGCUUAAAUUCAUCCAAAAGAAAUAAGUUUUUCUUUCUGAAAAGUUCAGUAUAAGGAUUCACUUGGUUGGGAUCGCUGCAGCUGUGUCAUGAAGGAGGGCGUCAACCAAGUCUGGGUCAAUAGACAAGGAGAAAUGGACCCUCUACCACAGAUGUGAAAGACUGAAGCAAGUGGCUGUGUACCUUUUACUUUUGUGGCACUCAAUUUGAUAUGUGGCUGAAAAGGCAGGGAUAUGUGAUGCCACUAGGCAGCUUAUUGCAAAGACCAAAUUUGCCAGAUAUAAGUGGAUAAAAAAUAUCCUGCAAGCAGAAGAUGGGUAGGCUCCAGCAAUUGCAAUAUCUUCUAAGUUGCUUUUUUAAAGACUACAUCAGACCUGUAUCAGGACCACCUUUUCUGAGAAUUGCCAUUAACUUUCCACUGAUAUAUAUUGAUGGAUAAUCUCAAAGGUGCUACACAGUAAGGUCUAAUGCCUAUGAUGAUUCUUCUGCCACUCAAAUAGCAGAAUUCUAAAAAAUAUGGUGUCAUUGGGCUUCUCUAUUAUUUAUUAAAUAUUUUUGAGGCCUCAACUGCCUAUGGAGUAAGCUGAUUUUUUUAUCUUCUAACUGCUUUAUUUUAAUACAUGAACGGAGGUGUAGUUGGGCUGAUUAUUGAGCUAAUAGCUUAUAUGUAGUUUGGCAAUUUCAACUGUUGAGGAGCGUGAUAAACUAUCUGCUUAAGGGACUGAUCUUUACCCCAUAUUCAGAAUGAAUAGCCAAGAUAAUUUUAGCAAUGAACUUUACCUUUGAACACUUAGACUAAAUAGCUUUUGUGAGCUUUCCAGCUGCAAAUGUAAUCUUGUAGCUUUUGACCUAUAAAAGUUUUGUCAUAGUAAAAAAGCUGCUGUAAAACAUGAGAAGAGUUGCUUCAGUGAGAACUAACUGCAAAUUAGUGAGAAUAAACCCAGGACCAAGAAUUUAUGUAUAAAACUGAAAGAGCUUUAUUGACAUUCAGAGGUGUAUCACAAUUGAUUGGAGACAUCUUUAGAUACAACAUCCCUACCAAAACCCCUUAACAUUAUUAUUAUUUUUUCUAUUAUGGCCACAGAAAAUUAAAAAUAUACUCAUGACACAAUAAAUACAGUUAGGCUAGACUUCAA